AUGAAACACCCAUUUCAGGCUAUUGCAAGUAACGCAGAAUAUGUGUUUGCUGUCUCAAAGAACAGCAUUCACGCGUACAGAAUACACAGUGACAGUCUCGAGCUGGCUACCUCUUGGACUGAUGAGACGGAUCAGCGGACCUUGCUGAAGGAACAGCAGGACCAGAAAAUAAAGGAGGGAAACCUCAAGAAGACGCCCAAGAUUCCCGUUCCAGGCCCAGGUGCUCCUCCAAUAUACAAUUUCAUCAGAACCGUGAAUGUUUUCGAGCGGUAUGUGGUGCUCACAGUUGACAUGGAUAAGUCAGUGGUUGUGUUCGAGUUGACCAAUGAUGAAUCGGUAUGGAGGCUGCUUAAGCGCCAACGUUUCCCUAAAAGGCCUGAUUCUGUGACAAUGAUAGACGACCACACUGUUCUCAUGGGCGACAAGUUUGGUGAUGUCUACGCCAUGGAUGUUUCCUCUCCACCUCAGACCGAGGCCUUCAAGCCGGUGUUGGGCCAUGUCUCGAUGUUGACUUCUGUAUGCUCCGCCACUAACAAUGGAAGACAAUAUGUGAUCAGUGGUGACAGAGAUGAACACAUCCGUGUUACGAAUUAUCCAAAAACUUUCGUGAUAGACAAAUGGCUGUUUGGCCACAAGGAAUUCGUCUCGAGCUUGACCGUGCCCAAGAAGUACGGGAACGUGCUGGUCUCCGGAGGUGGUGAUGACUACUUUUGUGUUUGGGACUGGACGGAUGGCACUCUAAAGCAAAAAAUUGAAUAUGGAAAACAGAUUGAGAAUUAUUUCAAAGAGGGAAUUUUGAGUCCUGAAGUGUGUCCGCUUAUCUUCAAAGAGGGUGCCCUCGUUGAGCUAUGCAUCACUCUGAUAGUGUCACAUGAAGACUUCUUGGUUGUGACAAUUGAAGGUUGCAAUAUUGCUCUGAUAUACAAGUUUGAACAGGAAUUGGUGUUCAGCCAUUAUUUGGCAGUGGACGAGCCAAUUUUAUCUUUGACUAUUACCCCGGCUGGCAAGAUAGUUGUCGGAACAGACUCCGAGAAACUCUACCUCAGAAGCUUGGUUGGGGAAGAUCAAACCGCUGUGUUGAUUCCUGAGAACUUGACUGAGAUCUCAGAAAACAGUCCCAAGAUGCCUUUGUAUGCAACGUCACAUUUACGUAAAGGCGCAAUGUUCUAA